UCUCUUCUCCCAAACCCCUCUCUGUUCCACAAUCUGGAAACCCUGUCUGCACCUCCCCUUUAUCUAGAGAGAGAAACAGCGGCUAGACCCCAUUGACUUAACGUUGACUUCUCCAUGGAAGAAAAGAAAUCUUCAUCCACACGUAGCCCCAAACCCCUGUACACCCUUUGAAUUUCAUUCCAACCUUUCACCCAAUUCAAUUGAACAACUCCAUUUCUCAAAUCUCAAAACUGGUUCGUCUUCAACUGCAUCAUCCGGCAUAAAAAAGAGCGCCCAAAUUAAGGUUUUAGAGACGAUGGCAAUAUGAAGAUGAUGCAUGCGUUUUCCGUUGCUGUUCACGUGUCCCGUAAGUUCUUAACUUCACAACACCUUCCCUUCAAUCGUUCAUAUACUUUUGCUGUACCCAAAAAUCGAAAUACGGACCUCAAAACCCUAGUUUUUAAGUUUAAUCGAUUGGCAUAUAGGAAUCCUGUACCCCCUAUUCCAGAAUUCACUAAGAUAUUGUCGGUUAUUGCGAAAAGGAAUCAUUUUGCUGCUGCAAUUUCACUCAUUAAUCAGUUUGACUUUUUAGGAGUCAACCCUGUUUUGAAACCCACCAUUUAUGUUUUCAACAUUGCUAUUAAUUGUUUCUGUCACUUGAAAAGAGUCGACUUUGGAUUCGCGGUGCUAGCGAAAGCCACGAAACUCGGAUACCAACCCGAUUGUGCUACUUUUAAUACCCUUAUUAAGGGACUAUGUGGUAACGAUAAGUUGCAUCAAGCAAUCAAAUUGUUUGACCGGAUUGUGAAGAACGGGUUUGAGCCUAGUGUGGUGACUUACGGGACGUUAAUUAACGGUUUUUGUAAAUCGGGAGACACUCAUUCGGCUAUUAUUUUACUACAGAAUAUGGAAACGUCUACUUGUCCACCGGGGAUUAUCCAGUACAGCUGCAUUAUCGACAGCCUCUGCAAGCGUAAACGAUUUGUUGAAGCGUUGAAGCUUUUUACGGAAAUGAAAAGAAAAGGUGUGUCGCCUAAUGUUGUGACGUAUACUUGUUUAAUUCAUGGGUUGUGUAGUAUACACUCGUGGGAUGAAGCACUUGAGUUGUUGAGUGAAAUGCAUGCUCGAAACGUCUCGUUAAACGUACACACGUUUUCUAUUUUGUUGGAUGCGUUGUGUAAAGAAGGAAGGAUAACUGAAGCGGAAAGUUUGUUGUCACUGAUGAUUCAAAUAGGCGUGACACCUAACACGGUUACGUACAAUUCACUCAUUCGUGGUUACUGCUUACUUGGAAAAAUGGAUGUUGCUAGGAAGUUGUUUGACUCUAUGGUUGACCAGCGUUGCACUCAUUCAGUUAUCAGUUACAACAUAUUAAUAAAAGGGUACUCCGAAAACAAAAAAAUAGAUGAAGCGUUGAGUGUUUUUCAUGAAAUGUGUAACGAGGAGAUCGUUCCUAGUCUUGUAACAUACAACACUCUUAUUAUUGGUCUGUGUCAAGCGGGCCGAUUUGAGGAAGCGCUUUUGCUUCCGUAUGAAAUGAAAUCUCAUGGUUUGACUCCCGAUAUUUCCACUUACAAUACUCUGUUAGAUGCCCUUUGCAAUAAUACGAAACUAGAUGAAGCCCUAAAGUUUUUCGAUUCCAUGAUCGACCAAGGUUACACGCCUUCUGUUAUGAGUUACAACAUCUUAAUGAAAGGGUACUCCGAAAACGAAAAAAUAGACGAAGCUUUGAAUUUGUUUAGUAAAAUGUCUAAGAACGGUGUUAAUCCUAACGUAGUUACAUACAACACUCUUAUUAGUGGUUUGUCUCAUGCGGGCCGACUUGAGGAGGCUCGUAUGCUUUCUUCCGAAAUGAAAUCCCGUGGUCUGAAACCAGACAUCGUCACUUUCAAUACUAUAUUGAACACCCUUUGUAAGAACGGGAAACUAGAUGAAGCCCGAAGUUUGUUCAACACAAUGGAUGAUGAUGGCGUUGUUCCUGAUAUCGUUACGUGCAAUUGCGUCAUUGACGGUAUGUGCAAGUCUGGGGAAACCGAUGAUGCAUACGGGAUGUUUUUGAGUCUUUCUUCUAGAGGCUUGCAACCUAAUGUGCGUACGUACAACAUCAUGAUUGACGGAUUGUGUAAAGCGAGUGAACUUGAUAAAGCAAAUACAUUGUUUCUAGAAAUGAAAGCCAACGGUUGUUCUGCCGAUGAGAUUACGUAUAAGAUAAUGGUGCAGGGAUUCAUUCGAGCGAAGCAGACCACCCGGGCUAUUGAAUUUAUUAACGGAUCACUUAACGGAAACGUUUGGGCAGAUAUGAAGAAGUUGCUAAAUGGUUGUUGUCCCCCGAUGGAUCAAAAGAUUCUUUCAAGUUCUAACUAACCCAUACAAAACCUUUCGGAUAUGUUUUUUAUAUACAAACAUCAAUGUCAAAACUAACAAUUUUAUCGGUGA